AUGAACACGACGACAGGAGAGGAAGAAGAGCCGACGUUUAUGUCGAUCACCUCGGUGCUCGAAGCUAUCGAGUACUCGAGCUCUCUGAGAUGGCUCCGUCAGAACUCGCGACAUCUCCUGCCCAUAUUCUGUCUGGUUGGCAUCCUCGGCAACUCGAUGGCGUUGAUCCUGAUCAGGUAGGUCCGCAGGGUAACUUUAUACUCCUCACCUGUGUCUUUUGUUGUCUGUUGUUUGAACGCGUGAGCGGGGUCAAGCGAACCGGAAACUAAGACGGAGAUCCGUUCCAGAACAAACUUCUGGCUGAAGCGACUCACUUCGAACAUCUACCUGUGCACGCUGUCGGUCUCCUCGUGCGUCUUCCUGCUCACAGUGAUUAUUUCCUGGGCGGAUACCUACCUGAAACUGCCGCUCUACGGAGUCUCCGAUCUCGGCUGCAAAUUCUUCACGUUCCUUGCGCAUUUCAGUGAUUUCAUCUGUGUUUGGAUGAUUUCUCUCAUCUCCUGCGACCGCAUGAUUGUGCUGUUCCGACCGCGUGAGUGAUUGGGUCUCCACACGAAAACAUCGAAAAGAUUUAGGGGUCAGGAAGUGGGUUUGUACAAAGAGAUUCGCACGGAACAUGACCAUCGGAACCGUGCUCACUUCCAUGGUUUUGUACAGUUGGGUGUUCCUGUUCGCCGGACUCGAGGUGCAUAAAAUGGCCAAUAAUAUGGAAAUGCACUAUUGUGGACUCAAUCAGGAUGUGAACCUUUUCGGGUGAGUUUGUCUAGACACCUUUUUUCAGUAGUUAUAGCAUUGUAAUUAUUUCAUGAUGAUGCUCUUUAGUUUCAGUUAGAAUUCUGACAACCGCGUUCUAUCGAGGUGGCACUGAGUUUGCGCGAGCACCAGACAAAUGAGAAUAGGUUGCAAAGUGUACAACCUGUUUUGUAGGUACCAAGUGAACCAGCACUACUUCAUGUUCACUCUCAUGGACACGGCGCUCUGCACCCUGCUACCCGCCGUCCUCAUCAUCAUCGUCAACUCGUUCUCCACGUAUCGCUAUCGCCAAUGCAUGAAGAUUUACUCAUCCGGAGUGCUCCGCGUCCGUUUCGUGCGCGCGCCCACCACUCAACAACAGCAGCAGCAACUGAAUAGUGAUACGAUUCAAUUUGUAAGUUUUCAGAAACGCGACUUUGAAAAUACACAACACGAGGGGCAGGCACUCUGCUUUGAUUUAUGUCUGUUUUUGUGCCGUUUUCGUAGAUGGUCAUAGAGCAAAUACAGAAAAGUAUGUGCAGAAAAAGUGACUUUGGCUGUUUUUUUUUCAGGAAGAGACGACGGUGAAGAAGUAUCUUCUGAGCACGGACAAUACCAAUUCGAACUUGCCAACGAGUUCGACACAGUCUCGGAAUUGCGGCAAACUCCGGAGCUCCGACCUUCAGCUCAGCCGCACUCUGAUCAUUGUGACCAGGUAAGCCUCGAGAUUACCUCGAGACCCAACUGAAGCUCUGUUUCAGUACAUUCGUCCUGCUGAAUGUGCCGAGUUACAUAAUGCGAAUCAUGCAGGCGCUCACGGCUCCGAGCUCCCAUCUCUUCCAUUUCAUUCACUUCCUCACUUACCUCAUCUACUACCUUCAUCACGCCGUUUUGUUCUACAUGUACAUCUUCUGGAGGUCAGUUCUCACUUCUUCUAACUAGAAGAAGUCUAGAAGCAUACAUAAGAAAGCAAUUUCAGUCCUCAAAUGAAAAAGCAAUUGAAGCCGACGGCGAUGCGCCUCUUGGAGUGUUAUUGUCUCAAAACUGUGCCAGACUUCGGGCACCGAUCCACGUCUACUCAAGGUAAAUUUGAAGAGGAGGCACUAAAUCUAAAUCUCAUGAUUCUUCCAGAUUUCAUCUAG